AUGAAGUUCACACUCACCUCCCUCGCCCUCCCCCUCCUCGCCGCCUCGGCGCCAGUUAGCGAGCCAGCCCCAAACCCAGCCUUCAGCGUCAUGGCCAUCCGCUCCGCCUCGCCCAUCCACUACCUGCAGCUGAACGCCGCCGGCCAGAAGUUCUACCUCGGCGGAAACACCGCCUCCUACUGCCCAACCCAGGUCAAGAACUGCCCACCAGGCAACCAAACCGUCUUCGCUCCUGGCGGCAGCUCUCUGGACACAAUGGUCCCCGGCGGCCAGCAGGUCUACAUCGACCCUACUGGUGCCCUCAGCUUCACCCAGGCCCACUCCGCCAAUAUCCCGCAGGGUUCCUCACUCGGCCCGUUCCACUACGCCGCCGAUGAACCCUGGGCUCACUACUCCUUCGCUGGUUGGGGCGCUAGUGGUUUCAUGGCUUGUCCCGCGGAUGAUAACCGCUGGCAGGUGUUUGCCGCUAUUCAAAAUGCUACUGUGCCCCAGGGUAAUGUUGAUGAGUGUCUCGGUUUCUCUGCUGUCGCUUUGGAUUACACUGGAGAUGUUCCUGCCUGGCAGUAUAUCUAG